GAAAUCCAUCAGGUUUUCGGUCAAAUUCGAAACCUCUCUCGUAUGGGUACAGUAAUUAGUAAGGUCUCCCUCAGGUGCGUCAUUUCUCCUUCGGGAACCCGAUGAAAAGUUUCAAGCUUUUGGCGAGAUUUGCAAACGGGUGAUACUGUACGUUGUACACGUACAGUUCGAGCGCGUGAGGGCCUCCGCCGUGGGACUCAGCGACGACCACUCCGAGGACCCACACGUCCGCGAGUUCGCCGCCCAGGUCGCGGUAUCCAUGGAUUCGCUCCGGGGCGAAGGCGCGACCGCCUGACACACGGUGAUCCCUUUCUCGAAGGCCGUGGAGCUCUCCACCGGUCACGUGCGAAACCAAGUUCGCCUCGAGCUCGGCCUCAUCCCCGCCGCCAUCAAGAUCCUCAUCGACCGGAAACUCGCAUGCCACCAUGCCGAGUGCGGCAACGAGACGUUCACACACAACGCCGUCCACCACAUCCUCAAGCACAAGGAAGGCAACGCCGGCGGCAACAGGGUCCUCACCCACGACCGCGUGGUGCAAGCCGUCGCACAGCUGUGCAAAGACGUUGGACUCGGCGUCGAGACGAAAGGCCUCCGUGGUCUCCUCCCCCCCGACAUCGCGCGAGGCGCACGCCACGACCGCGCGAAAACCGUCGACAUCAGCAUCAUGGGACUCGACAGCGAGGUGACCAGGACCCUCGGUGACGUCGUCGUCCCCCACCCGUUCAAAGGUGACGGGCGCGCGAAAUACAACGGUCAGCGCCCCGCUGCGACCCGCUCACCAGCGAACAUCCAGCCGAGCGAGAUCGUGCUCGAGGCGGAGAAGAAGAAGCUCAACUGGUACGGCAACAUCCCCGAGGGCCGCAGCUUCAGCCUCGUGCCCAUGGCCAUCGACACGUACGGUUUCAAGGCGCCGCGCUUCAGCAAGUUCCUUAACCAGCUUGCCGAUCACGGUGCGAGAGGUACUGUCCCCGCCGGCGACGCCGCCUCCGAGGCCGCGACCGAGGCCACGAUCUCCGCCAUCGCGAGGAGCAAAAGCUAUUGGAAACGACGCAUCAUGGGCCACAUCUCCGUCGCGCUCGUAUACGCCAUCGGGGACCGCAUCGCUGGCGCGCCCAUCUCGUACGCGCUCAGAACCGCACGUGACUCUGAAAACUUCCACGCGGGCGCGGCAGCGCAAAUCCUUUUUAUGGAGCCCGACACAGCUGGCGAUUUCCACAUCGCCCCGGCUCCGUGCGCUCGUGAGGCUCACAUGGGUUUCAUGAAUCCCGUCGUGGGGUUGCUUACUACGUGAGAGGAUU